AUGGAACCUCAUGGACACGUGCAGCUGUACGACACAGACUUUGUCCAAAAUGGCCGGGCAGUCACUGUUCUGUGGGCUUCUUGUACCCUUUUCCUAGGCAUCUUGGAGAUUGUGGUGCUCCUGCAGCCCGCCUGGGUUUUAGGUGGGGAGGGUAGUGGGCAGUUUGGACUUUACCAGGUGUGUGAGGAAUCAGACUGGGGCACUGAAUGCAGGGGACCACCAGCUGCUCUGGAGGCUCUCCCUCCUUUCCAGACAGCAGCUGGCUUCAUGGUUGGGGCUCUCCUGCUGGUUCUGUUCAGCCUGGCCUGCAUUGGACUGCUGUGGUUCUGUCACUCAGGGACGGUUUAUAAGCUUUGUGCUUGGCUUCAGAUCACUGCAGCCUCAUGCCAAGCUUUGGGUUGCAUCCUCUUCCCAGAUGGAUGGGAUUCUGCCGUGUGGCCGCCCAUUGUGUGGCUACCGCUCAGACAGAUAUGAGCUGGGGACGUGCUCCGUGCACUGGGCAUAUAUACUGGCCAUACUGGGAAUAUUCGACUGUCUUGUUCUGUCUGUACUGGGGUUCACCCUCGGCAAACGCCAUGACGCCCUGAAUCCUAGUGAGUUCAAGUACCCCAAAAAAG